AUGGAACAUGAAUUUGGACGGCUGCUAACGGAUGACGAAUGGAACGCGCUCGCCAGCCACACAUACGUAUUUGCAAUUCUACCGGAUAGCAGAGUUCCGAUCGGCGAGCUAAGAUCUGCCAGUCAGAUAGGAUAUACGGUGAGGGAUGAAUACCUAAAUUGGGACGGCCAAAAGGAGUUAAGAAAGGCCGGAAAGAACGACAGGUUCCGGUGGCAGGGAUUAGAAGCCGUCUUUGUGCGCCCACGUGGCAAGAAUGACGAAGGGCAUGUGGUGAAGAAACAGCGUGCCCCAGAAAUUUGGGUCAUGUCAUUAUUGGCAGAUCGGUUGAGAGACGGGAACUUGGUCAAUAUUGAGAAACCGCUGCUCACACGAACCGAAUACCGUAAACUUCGAAACGGCACGGACGCAGAUUAUGAUAUUGUGGACAUCUUCGAGAAGAACGGCCAAGAACCCCCUAUCGAAAUGAGGGGGAGCAGCCGUAAUACUAGUACCGGCUUCGAGCGACCAAUGGCCCGAAUGCCCAAGCAAAUAUCGAAUACCAGAGAAGCUACAAAAGGUCUUAGUCAGUCCGAAGUCGUUACCCUGCUCUACAUACACGAAAAACAGAUGAAGGAGAUGAAGGAACAGGUGGAGAAUAUGGAGAAGAAGAUGAAUGGGACCAAGGAGAGAGUUUAG